AUGGACGAGACGGAGGCCCGGCAAGUGCAGCGCUGGGCGUCCGCCUACAACAUCAUCAACCACGAGCUCGUCAAGCGUAGUGCGACGGGCGUGUUCCAGCGCUGCGUCGAGCAAGACAACGGCAUAGACAUCCUCCUCGACAUCCACCAGGGCGAGUGCGGGCACCACGCCGCCUCCAGGUCCCUGGUGGCCAAGGCUUUCCGCCAUGGCUUUUACUGGCCCACGACCCUCAAUGAUGCCGAGUCGCUAGUCCUCAAGUGUGAGGGCUGCCAACACUUCAGCAAGCAGAGCCAGCAGCCGGUUUGGGCCCUCCAGACCAUCCCGAUCACCUGGCCUUUUGCCGUCUAG